AUGACACGUUACGUUGAAAAAAAAAUUCUUAGUAUUGAACAAAGUGAAGGUGUUGGUGCACGAGUACGACGAUCAAUUGGAACUUCACAAGUACGAAAUUUUGAUCCAUUUUUAAUGCUCGAUGAAUUUCGAGUUUCAGCACCAGCUGGUUUUCCUGAUCAUCCACAUCGUGGUUUUGAAACUGUAACAUAUAUGUUAACAGGUGCAACAGAACAUGAAGAUUUUACUGGACGACGAGGUGUUAUAAAUCCAGGUGAUCUUCAAUGGAUGACUGCUGGUCGUGGUAUUGUUCAUUGUGAAAUGCCAGAAAAAAAUUCUGGUGAAGGUCAUGGUCUUCAAUUAUGGGUUAAUCUAAGUAAAAAAUAUAAAAUGAUCGAACCUAAUUAUCAAGAAUUACUUGAUAAAGAUAUUCCUCGUGCAGCAACAUCUGAUGAUUUAGUACAUGUAAAAAUCAUUGCUGGUGAAUCAAUGUCAACUAAAUCACCUGUAUAUACACGUACACCAACAAUGUAUCUUGAUUUUACACUUAAACCAAAAUCAUCUAUAUUUACUCAAUCAAUACCACAAGGAUGGAAUGCUUUUGUUUAUAUUCUUAGUGGACAAGGUGAAUUUGGUUCAAAAAAAACAAUUGCUGAUGCACAUCAUGUACUUAUUUUAUCACAAGAUGGUAAUGGUUUAGAUUUUCGUAAUACAAGUGAUAAAGAUGAUUGUCGAUUUGUUCUUAUUGCUGGACAACCACUUAAUGAACCUGUUGUUCAACGUGGUCCAUUUGUAAUGAAUACACAAGAAGAAAUUCAACAAACUAUAGAAGAUUAUCAAUAUUUUAAAAAUGGCUUUGAAAAUGCACGUAAUUGGCAGAGUGAAGGUAUUGAACGAAGUAUGGUUCGAGAUUAA